AUCACAGCAGAACGCAGCGAAGCGCCUUCGGCCCUUUGCAGUCAGCGUCUCGUCAACACGUCUCGUCUCCGCCCGUGGGCAAGGUCAGGCUCCGAAUAGGAGUACACUUUCAAAGGUCAGAAAUAGAGACCUAAGGACAGAUCCCAACACUCCUUCGCCAUUAUCCGAAGAGGGUAACAACGCGAUAAGGAGAAGGCCAAGAAACAGCCGCCUGAACUACUGCUGCUGCAUGCGGCACUCGAGCCGCACUGUCGACAGUGAAAUUAAUAAUCUCGAAGGAGAAGCCAGUACUGCUGCUGAUCAACAGGUAGCCCAUCUUCCGCCACUGAAGCUUUCUAGUUCUUUGCCUGCCACACCGCAGCUGGGACAGCGGGGAGUGCGUGGGAGCGGCUACAAGAAGUUGUCAUGGAAUGAGGAGCAGCCCCGCCAACCGAAGACAUCGACAAUGAUCACUCAUUGGCAGGAGUCCAGGGUCAGGCCACAGCUCUCCUAUCAGCACCUCAAUAACAACAACAACAACGAUCAUGAGGAGGAGUACGAUCCCAUUGCCAAAUACUUUGCCCAGACGCCGAAACAGCAGCAGCAGCAGCAACAGCUGCAAGAGCAAAAGCUGUUGGCGGCAAAAAGCUCACGGAUUUUGUGCGAGAAUUGCUGCGGAGAGAGGCAUCAACAAGUUGGCAGCGCCAUGGAUCGACACGGUCUGCCGCUGCCCCAGGGGUUGCCGUUGGGGGACUGCGAUUCAGUGUCCGAUUUGUCGUCGUUCCGCUUUGUCUUCCACGGGGAUGAGGUCGAUUCCAAGAGGCGUGUGUUAGUCGAUGUCGAUGCUCAUAAUCGUAAUAAUGAACAUAAUGAUGAUGAUCAUAAUGAUGAUGUUGAUGACGAUGACGUUGCCCGUCGGCCGGUUAUAGAAAUAGAAAAUCGGGAGCCAAGUACAUCAGCUACAAAAUCGGAAAAGUCAACACCAACAGCAGCAAAAGCAAAAACAGCGGGAGACGCGUCAUCGCCAGUGUUGUCCCUGUCAUCUGAAAUCAGCGACGAGUCAGCGGCAAUUUGUUGUUAUACAAUUGACAAAAAACUGUCACAGCAGCAGCAGCAGAAACAUCCCACAGCACAUCAGUGGAAUCCCUCUCAGACACUGCAGCACUACAACUCCUCGGCGACAGUUAGCUAUCGGAACUAUCACCAGCCAGAGCCAGGACCAGGACCAGAGCCAAGGUGUCCUCCGCCUGUGCCGCCCAAGCCACGCGUCUGCCAGGAGUCGAACAACAGCAGCGAUGAGCCCGCUCUGAAGACACGCCGCUUGGUCUGUACGCCACGCAUUUAUCCUUCGACAAGGUCGCCACACGGCAGUAGCUGCUACUGCUGCAUUCGCAAGGGCUUUCCGCCUUAUGCCUUCGAGGGGAACAACAACAACAACUACAACUGCAAGUUCGGUUCGAGUGGAGGAACGCCGCGAUCGCUGGUCUACGAUCGUCACGGACGUCUGACCUUCGACUCUGAACCGGAAGUGGCAGUGGAAAGAGAGCAGAGCCGCCGGGCCACCGGUGUGCGCCACAAGUCGCUGAGUGUAUCUCGAUUGCAUACGCCCGGAGAUCAUCCCAACCCGCAGCAGUACAGAGAACUCAAAGUUGUGUCCGAUCCGUAUCCAGAUCCCUCGCGAGUGACCACAGAACAAAGUGCCAGAACUCAUCCAGUGAACCCAUCUACCCAACAGGACCACAAUCCACACGAGGUCCCAUACAAGUCGAACCAUUUACUCCUUCCCUGCAGUUGUAAUCCCCAUUUGGACUAUCUAUGCUCUUCAUUCAACAAGGAGAACGGGCACACAAUGGAGAAACGACAUAACACCCUGGACAGGAUACAGCGCCUGGGAUUCGGGCGCAAGUCCUUGCCAGCUGCUUCCGCCAACGCCAACGCCUCUGGCUCAUCCUCAUCUUCCGGAGCAGCAGUUGGAGGCCCGGAAAAGCAGCGCAAGACUUCAGAUCGUUCGGAGCGCCUCAAGGAGCUAACGGAGCUGCUGAGAGGCACCGGGGGAAGCAGCUCCAGAGCCUCAUCCACGCCCACACCUCCGCCGCCACCACCGCCAGUGCCGCCGCCACGAAAGCCGCGUGGCACCUACCUGGAGCGCCAGGACACGGGCGCCAGUCAGACAUCCGAAAGCAGCAGCGAUGUCAACGUAAGGGGAGCCAGCAGCGGGGGCGGCCUGAGCACGGCCGCCCGCCUCUUUGCCUCCCUUAAACCCAACACAAGUCUCUCCAACCUGGAGGCCUUCAUGUUGAGCAACCGUGAGAAGUCCAAGUCCCCGCCUCCACCGACGCAGCAUCAGCAGCAGCAGCAGAAUCAGCAGCAGCAGCAGCGUGCUGUGGGGAGAUGCGUAGAUGCCUCAACACGAAGCAGUAGCGAGAGUACGCCGCAAGCAUCGAGACCGGAGCUGCGGACCGUGAUCGGUUCGUAUGCGCCAAAGGGAAUUCCGUUUCGCUCCGUUUCGUUCUCGCAAAUCGACUGCAAGUCCACGCUGAGCGCCCUGAGGGAUCGCCUGAGGCGUGAAAAAGCAAUCGAAGAGCCCAGCCCCAGUCCGACGCAUUCCAGAGAGAGGGAGGAGGGUCCGGGCUGGGUGCACAUUCCUCUGAAGAAGACAGAGCUGAGCAUCAACCUGAAUUACGGGCAGGAGAAGUCGCUGGACCACGACUCCAUCCAGGAGGAGGACAUUUUCAGCACAGAGGUCUCUGGCAGCAGUUCGGGCAUCCUGUACCCAGCACCGGCCACCGCCAGCAGCGUGAUAGCCGCCCAUGCCACCAUGGAAUCCCUGACAGACACAAUUCAGUCGGAGAGCGACUGCCUCAUCAGGGAGGAGAUUGCUACCAUCAUUGUGCAGCCCAUGGAGGUCACCCCGCCCGCCUCCACAGGCGGCAGUGCCCCAAAUCUGGCCACGCUGAUGGAGGAGCAGCUGCCACUAGAGUCUCCACCAGACAACUUCCUGCAGACGGCCACCACCUGCGAAAUUCCCGUGCCAGUGUACGAGUGCGCUGCACAAGAGUGGCUGGAGACGCCCGCCCAGGAGUGGGUGGAAGUAGUUCCGGAGACAAUUCAGCCUCCAGUUUCGCACGCUGCCUGCAAGGUGUCCCAAACAGAGUCGACGCUGACCACCGCCGUGAGGAGUGACCUGGUGCCCACAAUAUCGGUGAGCCGCUCCUCGGAGGAGGGCGAUGGAGUGGUCAGGAUAGACGAUGCCCCUCAAGUAGAGCUUGCGACAACCGCCAGGAACACGUCGGCAGAGGAGCCGCAGCAUUGCAAGCAGUACAGCCACAAUGACCUGGAUCUGUCCAGCCCCGAACUUCGCAGCUCUCUGGAGACCGUAGCCACUCCCCGGCACAGCACGGACGAGCGCCAGAGGCGGCAUUUGGACAACUCCACCAAACGGAAAGGCAUGUAUAUAGACAACGCCGACUGGCAGGCAACGGCACCGGCAGAGGCAGUCGCCCAUCGCGGAUUAGCAGUAGACAUCGGUGUGACCAACCUCAAUGCCAUUAAGCCCGAGUCCCCGGAGGCCCACUCCUCGCAGAUCUACAUUAGCAGCCCCAUCAGCGCAUAUUCCUUCGAACUUAACACGCCCGAGCUGGAGAAGGGUGCCCCAUCCUGGGGUCCAUCCAGCGGGUCGAGCGAAAAAACGCGAUUGCUAAGCAACUUUAGCUGCCAUAGCAGCGAGGAGAAGGACGACGCCUCCAGCAAGAGUCUCAGCUUCCUACGGACCGACUCCACAUCUGACAACGAGUGCGACCGUAUCGCCAGGGAUCGCAUCACUUCCAGUCCCACGCCCUCCUCCGGUGACAACGACUACAAGCGAUUCUCGAAGCGCCCUCUGCGCGGUCCCUACGGUCAGAUGCUCGAAGCGGAGAUGAAGAAGCCCAACCGGAUGCACUUCGAGGAGAUCCUCGAGGAGCUGCGUGAAACAGACAGCUUGCAUCUGCGAGGAGCUGCUGGUGUUUCGGCUCCAGUGGGUGCUUCAAGUGGCAGCCCCCGCCCUAAUAUUCCGCAGUAUUCCAACUCGAUGCGGGUACGAAAGACGAGCACGUAUCUUCCUGUGCCGUCGCAUACCCGGGCCGCGUCCACGCCAUCGCAGCUGGAACACACCAGCAAGGGCAUAGCCUCCGCUGCCCCGAUCUCCGCAUCCGCCAAGAACCUAGGCGAAGCGGAGUUGGUGCACCAUAUGAAGCGAGCCGCCUCCGAGGCGCCGGCCCCCAAGACGCACCACAGCAAACGUAGCCUGUCCAUGAGCACGGAGCGGCCCAGCCAGCACCAUCAUCACGCCCAUGGUCACAGUCAUGGUCACGGACAUAGUCAUCAUCAUACAGCCAAAAGGAGCCUGGACGCCAAUGUCAGUGCCAAAACGAAGACUGCCCCUGCUGCUGCAGCGGCCGGUCCAACGCUGGACUUGAAGCCAACGCCCGCUCUGUUGGCGGAACUUUUGAAGGGAUCCAGCGAAAAUAUGCUCUCCGAGCAGCGCCAGAAAACAAUUGCGGACACUCGCACAUAUGUUGUCCAAGAGAUCUACCGCAACGAGCAGUCCUACGUGGAGUCUCUGCAGACUGUUGUUCUGAAGUAUCUGAAAGUGCUCAAGGCACCCGAGCACGCCGGCAUGAUUGACACCCGCACCGUGGACGAGAUCUUCUUCAUGGUCCCGGACAUUCUCGAGAUACACGAAAAGUUCUUGGCAGAUCUCAAGCAUCGCUUGGAUGACUGGGAUGUUCAGCAGAAAGUGGGCGAUGCCUUUAUGGAUACGUUCUCGAAGCUGGAGGUCCUUGAGGUCUACACAUCAUUUGUGAACAACUGCAAUCGGGCCAAGAACGCCAUUCGCUCCAUGAAACACCAGCGACCAUCGUUCGCCAAGUUCCUGGAGUCCACCUCCCGCGAGCACAAGGGAAAACUCACCCUCGACAAUCUGCUAAUCAAGCCAGUGCAAAAGUUUCCCAAUUACGAGCUUCUGUUCCAGCGACUGAUUAAGCACACGGAUCACGAUCAUCCCGAUCAGAAGCACCUGCAGGACGUGUUGAAGCUAGUCCACGACAUUCUGGUGCACAUCAACUGCAAGGAGCGCGAGAUCAUGGAGAACGGGCAGCGCGAGGCGACUCUGCGCGAGCUGGAGGGCGUGAUCGAGGGUAUUACCGAUCUGACAGCGCCCGAGCGGCAGUUCCUUCUGUUCGAUCUCGUUUCGAUGCCUUCGGGUGCGGGGGCGCGCAAGGACCGGGGCUUCUUCCUGUUCAACGACCUGCUCGUCCUCACCAGCAUAAAGAAACGAAGCGGCACCAUCCGCAAGCCCAGCAGCAGCAUCUGCCCGGGAACGGUUGCUACCACGCUGGAGACCAACAAGUACAAAUGUCUCACCAAAAUCUCACUGGACUGUCUGGAGAUUGUCAAGCCCAAGGACGAGAACAUCAAGCGAAUCGUCAACGAAAUCGAGAGCUUGGCCGACGACUGCGGCAAGCUGCAACAGAUCAGCGACAUCACCGCCUCCCUAAAGUAUCCACACCAGUAUCUCGAGGACGUUAUCCGCGAGCUUCAUCGCGACGUCCAGCGGCAGCUAUCCGAGCGCCAGACGAACGACACCCAGCUCAAUAUGCUAGAACUGACAGUCAGUUCGCCAAAUGGCAACCAGAAGCUGACGGUGGUCUUCAGUAAGACGGAGAAGCGCACGGCUUGGGAGGAGACCUUCAUCGAGGCUAAGCAGAAGCUGGCUGCCACUUUGGAGAGACAUCCCAUCCCCGAGUUCCUUACCUCCAUACCAAUACGAAAGACCCGCGCCGGACUGCAGUUCACAUGUGCGGCGGCUACGCUGAGCGAGAACCGGGAUGUUUGGGUGUGCAACAGCGACGGAUAUGUGGGCCAGGUGUGCAUCAUGUCGCUGCACCCAGAGCCGAACGUCACCAGCUGCAACGGCGUCUGCAAUGCGCGCAUCUUGUGCGUGGCCUCUGUGCCGGCAUACAGUUCCUCUGCCUCGAGUCGCAACAGUAGUGGGGAGCAGCAAGCCCAGGAGGAGAAGGAUAAGCCACGGAACAGCUCACAGCAGCCGCAGUCGCAGCCCAGUCAGAGCUACACUCAGCAGCUGCGGGACUACCGCAAGAGCAUCUCCCCCAGCUUCCAGAGCGGCUCCUCCUCAACGGCCACGCCCACUCCCGAGAAGAAAAAGACACCCACGCCCACGCCGGUGGCUGUCGACGGUGUCGUAACGGUGGCUGCCAGCAACAGUGAUACUCAGCUGGAUCUGAAUCUGAGCUCCAGCGACGAUGAGACGGAAGCAGCCGCUGCCACCGCCUCCGCCUCAGCCUCCGCCUCGCUCAACGUUGCCAGCGCUAGCACAGGAGCUGGAUCUGGAUCUGGAUCUGGAGCAAUAGUGGAACGUGUGCCUAGUCCCGCCCCCUCACUGCAAGCCGGAUAUCAUGGCCAUCAGGACUCGAAUCCCGAGGAGGGCGAGGGCAAUCAAUCAACCAUGUGGAUCGGCACCGAAGACGGCUGCAUCCACGUCUACAAUAGCACUGACAAUAUUCGCAUUAAGAAGAACCGCAUCAAGAUCGAGCACCAUUCGGCCGUCUAUUCUAUUUUGUAUCUGGACAAUCGUGUGUUUGUGUCGUUGGCAAAUGGUGAUAUUUGUGUUUACCUGAGAGAUGGAGCCACAUCGUGGAAUACGUGCUCAUCGCAUUGCCUAUCUAUUGGCACCGUCACCAGUCCCGUGACCAAGUUGCUGAAUGUCAACGGCAGGCUUUGGUGCUCCAUUCAGGGCAUCAUUAAGGUCCUAGAUGUGGAGACUUUGCAGGUCAUUCAUCAGAUACAAAUAUCAUCGGACUCGAAGCCAAUCACAAACAUGACAGUCGCCAGCAACUUUGUCUGGAUAUCCAUCCAGAAUUCGGCGCACAUUAAAUGUUUCCAUUCCAAUACCCACCAGCUAGUCACCGAAGUGAAUCUCGCGCCGGCCGUGAACAAAAUGCUCUCCAACUGCGACGAGAUCAUUAGGCAACACAAAGCCGCCUGCCUUCGUGUGACUUCGCUGUUGUGCUGCAAGGAUCUCAUCUGGAUUGGCACCAGUGCGGGCGUCCUCCUGACCAUACCAGCCCUGGGCUACGAGAAGGGCGCCGUCAACAUUGUGCCCACCGGCAUUCCCCACGGCCACACCGGCCAUGUGCGAUUCCUCACGUUUGUGGAGACCACCGGGCUGGAGGGGACAACAGGAGCCCGUGAGGCAAGUGGUUCCGCCAGCGAUGAGUACACCAAGCAGGGCUCCAUAAAGCACUCCAAAUCCAAGUCGGAGACGAACAACACAUUGAUCAUUUCCGGCGGCGAUGGCUACGAGGACUUCCGCAACUCGGGCGCCAAUUCCCUCAGUGAGAUCGCCGGCCGCGAGGACAGCACCAACCAUUUACUGAUAUGGCAAAUUUGAAGCAGAAGGCGUAAAAAUCGCUGGAGGCUUUUGCUCUCGCGCUGGAAAAACAACAACUGAGCUCGAGGAUCAGAGAUCAGUUCGAGGCGCGUAGAGUAGAGUGCAUACUGCAGCGGUUUUUAUGACAACAUUGAUGAGAUUUGCAUAGAGAGAGAGAGAACAAGAGAGAGAUCGAUCUACAGCAGCUGCUAAGCUGGAAAUUAGUAGAACUAGGGGACUGAUUGAUGCUCGAACCAAUCCAACAACUGUGUAUAUUUGAAACUGAAUAAGUAAUUACGUUCAGCCUCUAAUAAAAAACAGAGAUUAUGUAUUAUGUAUAAACUAUAAACUCCCUUGACUAUCCACUGGAUGAGUGCCAAAACAAGCAACUUUCAAUGUACAUAGAAAUCGCACAGAACAGAGCAGGGCUAAGCAGAACCGAUGAAGAUGGAGGGGGAGGAGGCACAGGCACAGCUCCACAGCCAAGUACUAUAGAUAUUUUUUUAUUGAUAAUAUGUACGAGUACUCGUAUCUCGCAACUUGUAUCUGUAGAUCCUAUUCAAGAGUUAAGCGUUCGUUCUAAGUUUGUUUUUGCAAUUGAAAUACAGGUCUAACGUGUAAUGUGUAACGAUAAACAAUUAUGCCUAUCUAUGCCUAAAUUUAAUGCAAUAAUAAUCUACCUGAAUGUAGAGUGUCACCAUCAGAUCAUCCCUGCCCUGCCCCUAGAAUUAAAGCGCUUUAAUCGAAUUUAUAAUCUACUUAGAGAAAAGAAAUUACUCUCACGGGGUAUGUGCAUGUGCUUGUAAAAAUCGUAACUCCCUAUUUUACAGAUAAACACAUAUACCAUAUACUAAAUAUAUAAAAAAGAAUAUAUUGACAAAUGAUAUGAUUAAAUGGCGUUUAUAAAGUUUAUUGUGAAGCCUAUAUACAUAUAUUUCAUGCAAGUGAAUUGAAUUGAAUUUUGAAUCUGAAAAUUGCAAAUUUUAACCAUACAUACGAGUGAUAUUCAAUAGUUUUUUUGCUACUCGUAGAGUUUUUUGGGCAUGUAAAAAUCGUAACACACACAUACACACACACACAUACACUUAUGCAUACUUGUAUAUUUUUCUCAAUAAUUGUAUACUAUUCGUAAUUUGUAAAAGAAAUCCCCACGCACCCAUCAGCGCAGUACAGUGUUGAAGGGGGUUGUCGCGUCGCUCAAUGGCCUAAAUUGUAGCAAAUUGUAUUAAUUUAAGUAUGAAUAUAUUUCCAUGUUAGAUCUGGUUGGUUAUAAAUAAAUCAUAAAUCAUUGUUCA